AUGGCUAGUGGAAUUCCUGACCCCGAUGAAGAAAUGCAUUCGGACGAGUAUGAUUCGGAUGAUUCUGUUUAUUUAGCCUGGCAAACGCUUAGGCGUAAAGAGAAGGAAACUGAAGCAGAAACUGAUAAGCCUUAUGUAGAGAAGCCUACUUUUACCGAACAAGAAUUGAACAAAUUAGUAGGUUUUGUUAAAAGAAUGACAACGUUAUACGAUUUACGGGAUAGUGAUUGGACACCAGAAUGCGAAUCGGUAAUUAAAGAGUUUAUGAAUGAACCAGAACAACCUGUUUUAACAGUGUUUUUCGAAGGAGAUAAUUUAAAAUGCAUGCUUGGUUUUCCUACAAUUCCUGUCUUAGAUUUAUCUUAUUUUUUUCGUGAAACCAAUGCUAUUUUAACUCCAGAAAAUUUUCAUGAUGAAGUUACAUUUGGAACGACGGAUGAAAGUAUUACCAAUACAUUAUUACAAGUGGUAGAAAAUGUAUACGCUCCUAUGUUUUUUCAAGUCACUAAAUGGCCAGAUACUGUAAAAAGCGAAUUUUGUUCUCGUUUACACACUUUCUUGGGAAAUCUUACGGAUUUCCAUUAUAAAUUAUUGGGAAUUACCGUUUUAUACAUUCCUCGUGAGGGACAUGAUUUGGAUAUAGAUGUGGCAGUAAAAGAUCAAGAACUUGUUAAACGGUUAGAAGCGGUUGUAGUUCAGUGGACGCGGCAAUUAAGAAUUGCAAUUGGUGAUCAAAAUCAAGUAUCACCAAAUGAAUUAUUAUGCCCUGUAGAUGAAUAUGAAUUUUGGAUUUAUAGACACGAAAAUUUGUCUGGUUUAUUGCAUCAGAUAAAAAAUCCAUGUUUAAUUCAUAUCAGAAAUAUUUUACAAAAUGUUCAAUCAACGUAUGUGAAUGCAUUUCAAGAUUUAUGUGGACAAAUAGAAGCUAGCCUAAUUGAAGCAAAAUCAAAUAUUGAAUAUUUACAAAUUUUAAUUGAACCCUGCGAAAAAAUUAAAAAAGCAGAAGCACCUUCAAAAAUCCCAGCGCUAUUACCUGAAAUAUUGACUAAAUUUCGUGUCAUUUGGUUAAAUAGCCCAUAUUAUAACACAAAAUUCCGUAUUACAGCGCUAUGUCGUGCAUUGAGUAAUCAAAUAAUUCUUUAUUGUAAAGAAUUUAUUGACUUGGAUCUAGUAUUUGAAGGUAAAACCAGAACAGCAAUUAAACACUUUCAAGAUUGUAUUGAUACGUUACACGAAUACAAACGAGAAUACGCAACUAUAUCUACAAUACACACACUCCAUUUUAAAGUACCAUGGGAUUUAGAUGAUACAGCCAUAUUCAGCAAUGUGGAUGCGUUUAUCUUGCGAUGUCAAGAUAUGAUUGAAGUUUGUGAAACCAUGAUUGUUUUUGGUAGACAUGAUGAAACACAAACAAUUCCAAAACCCCAAUUUUCUGGACCACGAGGACUUGAAUUUGAAGCUACUUGUGAAAAAGUUGAAGAAAUAUUAAACGAGUGUGUCAAUGAUAUUAAAGAGGCAAGUAUUUCAAACAGUGAUGGUCAAUUGAUUAUUGAAAAUUUAAUGAAGGCAGUGUUUGACACAAUCUCAUCGUCAGAUCAAAUGAUUGAAACAUUGGGAUAUUUUUAUAAUUACGCACAAAGACCAAAUUUAAAAUUUGUUUAUUCCAAGAAAACAGAAUCAUUGUAUGCGUAUCUCAGUAAUAUUAUUCAAGAAAAUAAAAAUGAAUUAGUUAAAGAAAGAGAGGAAUACUCAGCAUUGUUACCAUAUUAUGCUGGCCGAGCUAUGAAAAUACAUUUACGACAAAGACGAAUGAGAGGCAUUCGUGAGUUAAGAGCUGAUGUAUUAAAAUUUGUUUAUGAAAAUAUGAUUCAUGUUGUGUUGGCAUAUAAUCAAAUUGUAUCUUCUUUAUCGGAUGAAGAACGUGUGUUAUUUAAAGCUCCACUAGCUCAACUGGAUAAAAAGUUAGCACCCGCUGUAAAUCAAUAUAAAUGGUCUCAAACAAUUGAUGAAAAUUAUUUAAGAGAAGUUUCAUCUUUAACUGAAGAUUUGCAAGAUUUCUUGGAUGAUUAUAAAAAAUGUCAUUUAGAAAUUAUAAAAAUUCUUGAAGAAAUUUGUAAUGGAAGCUCCGAAUCCAUAAUACCAAGCUAUAUAAAAUAUCGUAAAAUUAUUGAAUUUUUAGUUGUGAUUUUUGAAGGUUUUGAACCUUAUAUGAAUUCAAUGGGUGAACAAUGGAUCAAAUUUAUAGGGAGAUAUGACAAUUUAAUGGAAACAGCAUUAAAAGUUAAUGUCAAAUCUACAUUCCAAACUUUAUAUGAUGCUCUCCAUGGUGACGGUCAUGUAGGACCUUCACCUUUUUUAAAACUUGUUGCAAAUUUAAAAGAAAACCAGAUAAAUUUCGAACCAUCUGUCACCGAUGUUGUUGCAUUAAUAGCUAAUAUAUUGCCAGAUAUCGUUGAGGCAAUUUCUACAAUACCAAGGAUAUUUACAGCUUUCCAUUUACCAGGAAUAGAACCACCACCUUUUUACAAAAUUAUAAGCAUGGAUGAAGAGUGUCUAAAAAUUCAAGGAGCUUUAUGCAAAGAAGUUUCAUUUACUGUGCAAGAAAUUCAAACCUAUACGAAAAAUUGGGAUCCUUUUGUGGAAAUUUGGCAAGUGGAUAAAGACAAAUUUCUUGAAAGAUAUGAACAACAAAAACCUGAUGCUGCUGCAUUUGAUACGAAUAUUGGAAGAUAUACGGAAAUUGCCAAUAACGUUUCUAUUCAAGAAACAAUAACCCCCGUCCAUUUUUUGGUUGUAAAUGCAUCCGAAUUGAAAACAGCAAUUAUAAAUCAUUGUUUUGAAUGGCAGAAUCGUUUAUGUGCAUUAUUGAAAAAAAUUACAAUCGAAAAAAUCAAUCACGUUUAUGAUUAUAUACAAAUCAAUACAGAAAAAAUUAAAAAAGAACCAAAAACUGUUGAAGAAUUGCAUGAGGCAAUGAUUUUUUAUGAACAAUUAAAGUCUGAAAUAGAAGCAGAGGAAUCUGAAUUUCCUGCAAUUGAGGAACAAAUUCGUGUACUUGAUAAAUAUCAAGUAGAAUUGGAUGAUAAAUUACGAUUGAAACAACAAAAUAUUAUGCAAGUUUGGAGAAAUUAUUUAAGUAUGCUGGACGAAUCUCUUAUCAUGCUGAACAACACUAAGGAGGACUUCAGAAAUGCUUUGUUAAAGGAUGCUAUCGAUUUGGAAAAACGAUGUACAUCAUUAUUAGACUGGUUUCUUGAUAAUGCACCUUAUUCACAUACAUAUACAGCAAAGGAGGCGUUGGAAAUUUUAGAUGAUAUUGAUGAAAAAUUGAAUACUUUAAGAGAGGAAGAAGCUGUUUUAAAAAAGAAAUUAGCUGUCUUUAAUAUCAGUCAAUCUGAAAAUGCAGAUUUAGCGAAAUUAGAAAAGGAUUACCAACCGUUAAGAUUAGUUUGGGAGUUAACAAACCAAUGGGAUGGACAUUGGGAAGAAUAUAAAACUGGUGAAUUUUGGAAAAUUAAUGUGGAUGACAUGGAAGAUACUGUUCAGCGAUUAUUCAGAAAAAUAACACGUUUAUCAAAAGAACUGUCCACCAAAAACUGGUCAAUAGUUGAUCAUACUAAAGAACGCAUUGAUGCUCUACGUCGAGUGUUGCCGCUUAUUGGUGAUCUAAAAAAUCCGGCAAUGCGGGAACGUCAUUGGAACAGAGUUAAAAAUGCAAUAAAACGAGACUUUGAUGAAACGGCCAGCAAUUUCACAUUAGAAUAUAUAUUGGAAUUAGAAAUGCAAAAUUAUACGCAAGAAAUUAAUGAAAUAUCUAUUGCGGCAACUGGUGAAUUAAUUAUUGAAAAUGGUAUCAAGGCAAUUGCAGAAAUGUGGGAGACAUUAGCAAUACAAUGGCAACUACCGAAAGAUUCAGAAAUAUAUAGAUUAAAAACUGUUGACGAUAUUACAAAUGCUCUUGAGGAUCAUUUUGUUUCAAUAGCAACGAUGAAAAGUACAAAGUUUAUCCAACCAUUUCAAAAAAUAGUUGAUAAGUGGGAAAAAACGUUAUCUUAUGUUAGUGAAACAAUAGAAAAUGUUCUUAAUGUUCAACGGUUAUACAUUUAUAUGGAAAAUAUAUUUGCUGGUGAUGAUAUUAAAAAGCAAUUACCAGACGAAACACUUGAAUUUGAAAACUUGAGAAAUGAAUGGAAGAGUAUUACACACAAUAUGCAGGCACAGAAAAACUGCAUCAAAGCAUGCAACUACCGUCCAGCACCUUAUUUGUUAAACAAAUUAACAAAUAUGAUUGAUAAAAUGGAAAAGAUACAAAGAGCCUUAGAAAAAUAUUUAGAAACGAAACGACAUUUGUUUCCACGUUUUUACUUCGUGUCAAAUGAUGAUUUAUUAGAGAUGCUUGGUAAUGCUAAAAAACCGGAAUUGAUUCAACCUCAUUUAAAGAAAAUAUUUGAUGGCUUAUAUAAACUAAAAAUAAAUAAACACGGUAAUGCGAACGAAGGAGUUGGUAUGUUCGCAAUUGAUGGCGAGUAUAUUGAUUUUUUGAAGAAAGUUUUGUUAGAAGGUCCAGUGGAAUUAUGGUUAACGACUGUUGAAGAAGCAAUGCGUUUAACUCUACGUGAACAAAUGAAACAAACCAGAUUAGCUUUGAAAAAAAUGUUAGAUAUGCGUGAUAAGUGGUUAUUACAAUACCCAGGACAAUGUACUUUAACUUCAAGCAUUAUUCAGUGGACUGCUGAUUGCACACGUGCUCUUACACGUUGUAAGUUAUUGGAAAAUAAGCAACCAUUGAAAAAAUUACGGCGAAAACAGAAUGGAGUACUAGCGAGGUUAACAGAAUUAACUCGGCGUGACCUUGCAAAAAUUGCGAGAUUAAAAACUAAUGCAUUAAUUACAAUCGAAAUUCAUUCCCGUGAUGUUAUAGAUCGAAUGUACAAAGCAGGUUGUAUGGAUGUAAACGAUUUUGAAUGGUUUUCUCAACUUCGAUUUUAUUGGGAACGAGAUAUUGAUGACUGUGUUAUACGUCAAACAAAUACCUUUUUUAUGUAUUUUUAUGAAUAUCUGGGUAAUUCUGGCCGAUUGGUAAUAACUCCACUUACAGAUAGAUGCUACAUAACUCUAACCACUGCAUUACAUUUAUUUCGUGGUGGAAGUCCGAAAGGUCCAGCUGGUACUGGUAAAACAGAAACAGUAAAAGAUUUAGGAAAAGCAAUGGGAAUGUGGGUAAUUGUUAUCAAUUGUUCGGAAGGCUUGGACUAUAAGAGUAUGGGAAAAAUGUUUUCAGGUUUAUCGCAGUGUGGAACAUGGGGUUGUUUUGAUGAGUUUAAUAGAAUUAACAUUGAAGUAUUAUCUGUGGUUGCUCAACAAAUUAUGUCGAUAUUAACAGCAAUUUCACAAAAACAGAAACAUUUUAUGUUUGAAGGUUCAGAUAUUAAUUUAGCUCUAACUUGUGGAAUUUUUAUAACUAUGAAUCCAGGAUAUGCUGGACGUACAGAAUUACCUGAUAAUUUAAAAUCUCUAUUUCGACCAAUAUCAAUGAUGACGCCAGACAAUGCAAUUAUUGCUGAAAAUCUUCUGUUCAGUGAUGGUUUUAAUAGUACCCGUGUAUUGUCAAGAAAGGUGAAUACAUUGUAUCAAUUAGCAACACAACAACUAAGCAAACAGGAUCAUUACGAUUUUGGACUUAGAUCGAUGGUAGCUCUUUUACGUUACGCAGGAAAAAAACGUAGAGAACAUCCAAAUUUACCAGAAGAACAAAUGGUUUAUUUGGCUAUGAGUGAUAUGAAUAUUGCAAAAUUGACUAGCGACGAUUAUCCAUUGUUCAGUGGUAUAAUGUCGGACAUAUUUCCGGGAGUUGAUGUACCACAUAUCGAUUAUGACGACAUGGUUGGUGCCUUAACAGAAGUUUUUGAGAAAAUGAAGAUGCAGCUCAUUCCAAUUGCAAUAACAAAAGUUAUUCAAUUGUAUGAAACAAAAUGUUCCCGACAUUCAGUUAUGAUCUUGGGGAACACAAUGACUGCAAAAUCAGUUACAUGGAAAGGACUCAAGGGGACAAUGACAAGAUUAGCGGAAAUGAGUAAACCAGGAUUUGUUUCAGUUACUGAAUAUCCAAUCAACCCAAAAGCUCUCUCACUAGGGGAGUUAUACGGGGAAUACAAUUUGGCUACGGGAGAGUGGUUAGAUGGAAUUAUUUCUGCAACAAUGCGUGUAAUAUGUGCCGAGGAAACACUUGAUCAAAAAUGGAUCCUUUUUGAUGGACCAGUUGAUGCCGUUUGGAUUGAAAAUAUGAAUAGUGUGAUGGAUGAUAAUAAAAUAUUAACUUUAAUUAAUAGUGAAAGAAUUACAAUGCCAGAACAAGUUUCAUUGUUAUUUGAAGUAGGAGAUUUACGUGUAGCAUCUCCAGCCACUGUUUCACGUUGUGGGAUGGUUUACAAUGAUUACAAAGAUUGGGGAUGGAAGCCGUAUGUUAAAUCAUGGAUAGAAAAACAUGAAGAUGUAUCCUUUCAAGUAGAAAUGCAUCAUCAUUUUGAAAAUUACAUUGAUACAAUGCUAGAAAUAAAAAAAUUAAAAACUGUGGAAAUUGUUUCUAUUCCUGAAUUGAAUUUAAUACAGUCCUUGUGUCGAUUACUAGAUUGUUUUUGUACACCCAAAAAUGGUUGUGACCCAGCGGAUGCUGAUGUUUUUAAAAUUAUGUGUAAAGUUUGGUUUUUAUUCUGUAUGAUUUGGUCAGUUUGUAUAACUGUCGAUAGUGAUAGUCGAAAUAAAUUUGAUGCAGUAAUACGUGAAAUGGAAGGGAUAUUUCCAGUAAAAGAUACUGUGUAUGAAUAUUACGUCGAUGUUCGAGGUAGAGGUUUUACAGCUUGGGAAAAUAGAUUAAGUGAUAAUUGGUCUUUUUCUUCUGAUCUUCCAUUUUAUAAAAUUACCGUACCAACUGUUGAUACAAUACGAUAUGAUUAUGUAAUGUCUGCAUUAAUUGAACAUGAUUUUCCAAGUUUGAUUAUUGGGCCUGUUGGAACUGGAAAAACAAACUCUGUAAUGUCAGUGAUUGAGAAACUAGAUACACAAAAAUAUGCAGUUUUGAUAGCAAGCUUAUCAGCACAAACAACUUCGGCAAAUAUUCAAGAAACUAUAGAGAGUAAAUUAGAAAAACGAACUAAAUUAAUUUAUGUACCUCCUGGUAAUAAAAAACUAAUUACAUUCUUAGACGAUCUUAAUAUGCCAGCAAAAGAGACAUAUGGUUCGCAGCCACCGUUAGAGUUACUACGAUUGUGGGUUGAUUACACGUUUUGGUACGAUAGACUUAAGCAAUGGAGGCGAUAUGUUAGGGAUAUGCAACUAAUAGCAGCUAUGGGUCCACCUGGAGGUGGUCGACAAGCAAUAACAGAACGUUUUUUAAGCAAAUUCAAUGUUAUUUUCAUGAUUUUCCCAGAUAAGAUAUCCAUAAAACGAAUUUUCGGCACAAUGCUAAGACAACAUCUGAAGGAAUUUGAUGAUGAAGUUAAAGCACUUGCUCCCACUAUAAUGGAUGCCACAUUAGACAUUUAUAAUGCUGUAUGCGCAAAAAUGUUACCAACUCCAGCAAAAAUGCAUUAUUUAUUUAAUUUACGUGAUAUUUCAAGAAUUUUUCAAGGACUGUUACGAAGCCAUAAAGAUUAUCACAGCACUAAAGUAGCACUUUUACGAUUAUGGGUUCAUGAAUGCUUCCGUGUAUUUUCUGAUCGAUUGAAUGAUGAAAAGGAUCAAAACUGGUUCUUGGAAGAAAUAACUUAUGAACUAGGUGUCAAAUUUGAAGUUGUAUUUCAUACUUUGUGUCCAACAAAAGAAUCACCUAUAUUUAGUCACAUUAUGAACUCAAAUGAAAUAUAUGAAGACUUACAAGAUUUACAAAUAUUAAGAAAAUUUUUAGAUGCAAAACUUAUUGAAUAUAACCACGCUCCUGGAACAGUUCGAAUAAAUAUUGUUUUAUUUAAGGAUGCUAUUAAACAUAUUUGUCGCAUAGUUCGUGUUAUCUCACAACCUAGAGGAAAUGUUCUGCUUGUAGGAGUUGGUGGCAGUGGUAGACAAGUAUUAGCUCGUUUGGCCUCAUUUAUUUGUGAAUCAAAAACUUUUAAAAUUGAAGUUACCAAGUCAUAUCAUGUUGCCGAAUUUAAGGAGGAUUUAAAAAAACUUUAUCGAGCUACGGGUGUUCAAAGACAAAUGUCCAGUUUUUUGUUUGUGGAUACACAAAUUGCAGAAGAAGCAUUUUUAGAAAUGGUUAAUAACAUGUUAAGCAGCGGUGAAGUCACAAACCUGUACAAAAAGGAUGAAUUUGAAGAUAUUAAAACAAGUUUAGAAAAACAAGCCGGAAGAGAUGGAAUACCUUAUCAAAAUGAAGCUAUGUAUAAUUACUUUAUACAACGUUCUAGAAUGCAUAUGCAUAUAUUAAUGGCUAUGAGUCCAAUUGGAGAACCUUUUCGAAAUCGCUUACGCCAAUAUCCAUCAUUAAUUAAUUGCACAACUAUAGACUGGUUCCUAGAUUGGCCUGUGGAUGCAUUAUUAGAAGUUGCUCAUCAUAGUUUAGCUGAUCCUGCAGAGGCAGUAGCUGUGCCAACAGCUGACGAAAACCUUUUAGAAGAAGAGGAAGAAACUCGUGAAUUAAAUCAAGAAGAACUUUGUGAGGCUGUUGCUUCAUGCUUCGCAAUUAUGCAUAGUUCUGUAGUAAGUGGCUCACGAAGAAUGCUAUUGGAGUUAAAACGAUAUAAUUAUGUGACUCCAAUUAAUUACCUAGAAUUAGUAGAUGGUUACAAAACAAUGUUGGAUGAAAAACGGUCAGAAUUAAAAACUUAUUCAGAUAAACUACGUAGAGGAGUUCAAAAAAUUAUUGAAGCGCAUGAAACAGUUGUUAUUAUGCGAAAUGAAUUGGCUAUUGCUCAAGUUCAAAUUAAAGAAUUCCAAAUACAAUGUGAUGAAGUAUUAGUUUUGGUUCAAGCAAAGAAAAAAGAAGCAGAUCAGGAAACGAAAGAGAUAGCUGCAAAAAGUGUCAAAAUUGAAGAAGAAGAAAAAGUUUGCACAGAACUAGCUGAAAUAGCCCAAUAUGAUUUAGACAAAGCUAUGCCAGCUUUAUUGGAGGCAGUUGAAGCAUUAAAUUCAUUAAAAAAAGAGCAUAUUACAGAAAUUCGUUCAUAUACAAAGCCUCCUGCUAAGGUAGAAAUGGUACUAGAAGCUGUUAUGAUACUGAAAGGGUUAGAACCUACUUGGGCUGUAGCCAAGAAAGAAUUAGGAGAUUUAAAGUUUCUACAAAAGUUAAUCGAUUUUCCAAAAGACGAAGUCACCGAUAAAACAAUGAAAAAAAUUGCAAAAUAUACUUAUUUAAAAGAUUUUAAACCUGAGGUUAUUGGUGCAGUGUCUUUUGCAGCACAAUCAUUGUGUUUAUGGGUAAUUGCUAUAGAAAAAUAUGUAAAAGUUUAUAGAUAUGUUGCUCCAAAGAUGGCUAAAUUAAAAGAAGCCAAAGAAUCAUUAGCAGAAAAGCAGGCUAUGAUGGCAGCCGCUAGAAAAAAAUUACAAGAGUUGAAUGAUCUGGUAGAGCAGUUAAAAAAAGAAUAUGAUGAAAAAAUGAGACAGAAACAAGAAUUGGCUGAAAAGGCAGAAAUGUUAAAAAUUAAACUGGAAAGAGCUGCUAUGCUACUAGAUGGACUAUCUGGAGAAAAAAUCCGUUGGUCCGAAACAAUUGAACUUUUAGAAAUUGAAUUUAAUAAUCUUCCAGGAGAUGUUCUUCUAUCAAUAGCUUUUGUAUCUUAUUGUGGUCCAUUUAUAUCGGAUUAUAGACACGAUCUGAAAAAUUUAUGGCAAAAGAAGGAAAGUAAAUUAUGGAUACCAUUUUCUAGUAACUACAGUAUUAUCAAGUUUUUGGCAGUCCCAACAACAAUUCGAGAGUGGAAUAUUCAAGGCUUGCCUUCCGAUGACUUUAGUACCGAAAAUGGAAUAAUAGUUUCAAGAUGUUCUCGUUGGCCGUUAAUUAUUGAUCCUCAAACGCAAGCGAUAAAAUGGAUUCGGCAAAUGGAAGCUAAAAAUGACCUUUCGGUAAUUGAUUUCGGAAUGCCAAAUUAUAUGAAAACGAUUGAAACAUCUGUAUUCACCGGAAAAUCUGUCCUUUUGCAAAAUAUUAUGGAAACAUUAGAACCUACCCUACAAUCGAUUUUAAAUAAAGCAAUUGUGGAAGAAAAUGGAAUACCAAUGAUCAAAAUUAAUGAAAGAAUGGUUUUUUAUCAUAAAAAUUUUAGACUUUUUAUUGCAACAAAAAUGCCAAAUCCACAUUAUCCACCUGAAAUUUCAACAAAAACAACAUUGGUUAAUUUUGCCGUGAAAGAAGAAGGCCUAGAAGCUCAGUUGUUAGGAAUUGUUGUACGGAAAGAAAAACCAACUUUAGAAGAACAAAAAGAUAAAUUGGUUACUUCUAUUGCGAAAGGAAAAAGUGUAUUAAUUGAUUUGGAGAACGAAUUACUACGAUUAUUAUAUGAAAGUCAAGGAUCGCUAAUCGAUAAUCUUGUUUUAAUAAAUACGUUACAAGUUAGCAAACGUACAGCGGCUGAAGUUUUGGAGAGUAUUGAAAUAAGUGAAGAAACAGAAAAGGAAAUUGAUUUAGCAAGAGAGGAAUAUCGAGUAUGUGCUAAAAGAGCGUCAAUUUUAUUUUUCGUAUUAAAUGAUUUGGGAAAUAUUGAUCCAAUGUACCAAUUUUCUUUAGAUGCUUAUUUACACCUCUUCUCAUUAUCGAUUGUGGGUUCACCACGAAGUCCUGAAUUAGAAUUUCGUUUAAAAAGUUUAAAUGAUUAUCACACUUAUGCUGUUUAUAAAAACACCUGUCGAGCAUUAUUUGAACAUCACAAGUUAUUAUUUUCUUUACAUAUGUGUAUGCAAAUUUUGAAAAGUGAUAAUAAGUUAAAUAUGGCUGAAUAUUUAUUUUUAUUAAAAGGUGGUAUUGUAUUAAAUCGUGAAAAUCAACCAGAUAAUCCUUGUUCUAAAUGGCUUACGGAUGAAUGUUGGGAUAAUAUUACUGAAUUUGAUAAGUUACCAGGAUUCAAGGGUGUUGUUACUUCAUUUGAACAAUACGGUAGGGAGUGGAGUGAAUGGUAUACUAAUACAGAACCAGAAAAUAAUCCUUUAAUUGGUGGAUGGGAAGAUAAUGUUAAUGAACUGCAACGAAUGUUAUUUAUACGCUGUUUGAGACCUGAUCGUUUAACGUUUUGUAUGACAACUUUUAUCAUAAAUAAUUUGGGUCAAAUAUAUGUAGAACCACCUGUGCUAGAUAUCAAGGCUGUUGCUAUAGAAUCAUUACCACAACAACCUCUUAUAUUUGUUUUAUCUCCUGGAGUGGAUCCUACAUCAGCGUUAUUGAACUUGGCUGAUUCUGUUGAUAUGACAAGUUAUUUCACAACAUUAUCAUUAGGUCAAGGCCAAGCACCAAUUGCAACCAAAAUGAUAGAAGAAGGAGUGGAAAAAGGCUAUUGGGUAUAUUUAGCCAACUGUCAUUUAUCCUUAAGUUGGAUGCCUGCUUUGGAUAAAAUCAUUGAAAAUCUUCAAACGGCUAAAGCACAUAAGCGUUUUCGAUUAUGGCUAAGUUCAAAUCCAACACCAGAAUUUCCUCUAUCUAUUUUACAAGCUGGUAUAAAAAUGACUACAGAACCUCCAAAGGGUUUGAAAGCAAACUUGAGAAGAUUAUAUAAUGUUAUAACUGAUGAACAAUUUUCGGCUUGUCAAUGUGCCCACAAAUAUAAGAAGCUGUUAUUUACAUUAUGCUUUUUCCAUGCUAUUUUACUAGAAAGAAAAAAGUUUCAACAAUUAGGAUGGAACACUAUUUACAGUUUUAAUGAUUCUGAUUUUGAGAUUUCACAAAUAAUAUUAUCCAUUUACUUGGAUGAUUAUCCAAACACACCAUGGGAUGCCUUAAAAUAUUUAAUAGCUGGUGUUAAUUAUGGUGGACAUGUAACUGAUGAUUGGGACCGGAGAUUACUAACAACAUACAUAAAUCAAUACUUCUGUGAAGAUGCGUUAAAUGUACCUUUGUAUCGAAUGUCAUCGUUAGCCACAUAUUAUAUACCAAAAGAUGGAUCUUUGGAGUCCUAUCAAGAUUAUAUAACAAUUUUACCGAAUGUUGAUCGACCAGAAGCAUUUGGACAACAUCCAAAUGCUGAUAUAAGUUCACUAAUUGUAGAAAUACGUGGUAUGCUAAUGACUUUGGUGUCCAUUCAAAGUGGAAGUAGUGGGAGUGUAGACGAAAGUGAAAGCAAAGAAGACAAGGUAACUAAACUGGCAAAUGAAAUUUUAUCAAAAGUACCAAAACCAAUCGAUUACGAACAAACUUACAAAAAUUUGGGUGUAAAUAAACAACCAUUGGAUAUUGUUUUAUUACAAGAGAUUUUAAGAUAUAAUGUGUUAUUACAUUCCAUUACCGAUAGUUUGAUAAAUGUACAGAAAGGUAUCAAAGGUUUUGUAGUAAUGUCUCCGGAGUUAGAAGAAAUAUUCCAAUGUAUGUUUGAAGGACGUGUACCACAAGUAUGGCUAAAAGCCUACUGGUCUUUAAAAGGAUUGGGAUCAUGGACUCGUGAUUUAGUAAUGCGUGUUGAACAUUUUGCAGUAUGGGCCAAAACGAAUAAACAACCACUUCUCUUUUGGUUAGCUGCAUAUACUUUCCCUACAGGAUUUCUCACUGCUGUACUUCAAACGGAAGCGCGAAGAACUCAUACUCCAAUUGAUAACCUAGGUUGGGAGUUUUCUGUAUUUACUCAAGGAGAACAUACAGUACAAGUGAGACCUGAAAUAGGUGUAUAUGUUCGCGGAACUUAUCUCGAAGGGGCUGGAUGGCAUAUUAAAAAAUCUAUGUUAAUUGAACCUGAACCAAUGAAAUUACUUUAUCCAAUGCCAUUAAUACAUUUUAGACCCACAGAACAAACAAAGAGACGAACAAGAGGUAUGUACAGUUGUCCCUGUUAUUAUUAUCCCAUUCGAACAGGAGUGCAAGGAAAACCAUCAUUCAUUGUUGCUGUUGAUUUAAAGAGUGGUUACGAAAAUGCUGACUAUUGGAUUAAAAGAGGAACUGCCUUACUUUUAAGUUUAGGAAAUUAAAUAUAAAAUAUACUUAAAUAUCAUAAUUAAAGUAUCAAUUAUUAAUUGGAAUUAGAACUUUAGUUAAAAUUGAAUAAAACUUUUUGUUGA